UCGCUGGCCGGGGUGUUGGGACCGUUAGCUCGCCAGGCUGGCAGGCUCGGGCCGCGGCUCCCGGGGCGGCAGGGAUGGAGACGAUGCGAGCGCAGCGUCUGCAGCCGGGAGUGGGCACCAACGGGAGGGGCACGCUGCGAGCGCUGCGCCCCGGAGUGACCGGGGCUGCGGCUGCCCCCGCCACACCCGCAGUGGGCUCCCCGCCGGCCCCCCCGCCCCCCGCACCGCCCCCGCCGCCCCUGCUCCUGUCCGGGGCCCCCGGGCUGCCCCUGCCCCCCGGCGCCGCGGGCAGCCCGGCGGUGCUGCGGGAGGCAGUGGAGGCCGUGGUGAGGAGCUUUGCCAAGCACACGCAGGGCUAUGGCCGAGUGAACGUGGUGGAGGCGCUUCAGGAAUUCUGGCAGAUGAAGCAGUCCCGUGGGGCUGACUUGAAGAACGGGGCUCUCGUGGUUUAUGAGAUGGUUCCCUCCAACACCCCUCCCUAUGUCUGCUAUGUCACCCUGCCUGGGGGAAGUUGCUUUGGGAGUUUCCAGUUCUGCCCCACUAAAGCUGAGGCCCGGCGGAGCGCUGCGAAGAUUGCACUGAUGAACUCUGUGUUUAACGAACACCCUUCCCGAAGAAUCACGGAUGAGUUCAUUGAGAAGAGUGUCUCUGAGGCCCUGGCAUCCUUCAAUGGCAACAGGGAGGAAGCUGACAACCCAAAUACUGGGAUUGGUGCCUUCCGAUUCAUGUUGGAAUCCAACAAGGGCAAGUCAAUGUUGGAAUUCCAGGAGCUAAUGACAGUUUUUCAGCUGCUGCACUGGAAUGGCAGCCUUAAGGCCAUGAGGGAAAGACAGUGCUCUCGGCAGGAAGUGUUGGCUCACUAUUCACACCGGGCCCUGGACGAUGACAUUCGUCACCAAAUGGCACUGGACUGGGUGAGCCGGGAGCAGGGUGUGCCAGGGGCGCUGUCUAGAGAGCUGGCCUCCACGGAGCGGGAGCUGGACGAAGCCCGGCUGGCAGGCAAGGAACUGCGCUUCCACAAGGAGAAGAAAGAUAUCCUCAUGCUGGCGGCCGGGCAGCUGGGCAACAUGCACCCUUCCAACUGCUAGGCGUCCCACACAGUUCCCGUCCUCCCCGGGCCCUUUUGGAUGUCCUUCCGAAGAUUUCCUAUGAUUCCUGUACAUACUUGCCCAAUUUUAUACUUUAAAAAUAUACAUAUACAGAUAUAUAUACAUAUGUAUGUA